GCGGCCAAUCACUGCUGAGAGCGCGUUGAUAGACAAACUGAAAAUGGCGGAAAGCAGCACGGAAAUCACAUUCAAAAAGGAGACGGUAAGCAAACUCCUGUCAAGCUUCUUCAAGGAGGAGAAAACUAAAGUCGGUGCCGAUGCUGUCCUCCUUAUGGCAGAGAUGCUGCAUGUGUUUGUUCAAGAAGCUGCACAAAGAACGAUAAAACAGGCUGAGGCAGAGGACAGUGACAGAAUGGACAUAGAACACUUUGAGAAGAUCCUGCCUCAACUGCUGUUGGAUUUCUAGUAUGACUUCAGGCCAGAAGAUGGAGUCAGAGAGCUGUCCAGUCCUCCAUUCAGAAUUCGAGAGAUUGAGCAACUCUUGGAGGACAAUGGAAGUAAAGAAAAAAGCCUUCUGUUCUGGUUUUACUUGUAAAAGUAACAAAGCACUUUAUUUCCUUCCAUUGUCCUCCAAGAGUGGCUGAAUCUCCUCUCUACUUCAGUUUACUUCUUAAUUCAUGCACCUUGGUUGGAGAGAGAGCCCAUGUAGGAUAUUAUAUUGUAAUUAGUCCUUUAUUUUUGUUAAAUUGCACACGGACUCUAAUGAACUCUGUACAUUUUGCUCUGUGGUUUUGCCUCCGUUUGUUGUUUGAAACAAUUUGAAACCUUUGCUAACUAAUAAAAGUCGUUGCUUGCUUUUUGUAUUA